AUGGUGCUGGUUCAGUAUCUGAAAAAGGCGUACAGCUGGCUUGCGCCGCCGCCGAAGCAGUCGGAGGAUGGCCGCGACCAGUGGCCGUCGCGCGCUGCGUUCUUGCUCGCGGCUAUGGGAGGCUGCGCCGGUCAGGGAAACCUGAUCCGGUAUCCUUCCGUCGUGUAUAACAACUACGGACUGCAGUGGUUUAUCCCGUACUUCCUGGCCAUCUUCUUCGUUGCGAUCCCGGCGUUGGUUCUCGAGAUUUCAAUCGGACAGGCCUAUCGCGGUGGAACGGUCAUUGCCUUCAACAACAUCAACAAGCGCCUAAAGGGUGUGGGCCUGGGCCCGAUCCUGGUCAGCUUCAUCGUCACACAGUACUUUACCGUCAACCUCGCGUGGAUCAUGAACUACUUUCGCGUCUCCUUCCAGAGUCCCCUGCCGUGGACCGGCAACAAGACGACCGACUUUUACGAAAACGGUGUCGUCAGGAACCCGGACCCCAUCGCUGGCGCAUUGUCGACAGACGGCAAGCAUGUGCUAUCCUAUACCGAAUAUCCCUCGAUUAGCCUGAUUGGAGAGACUGUGGGCUGGAGCGCUUUUAUCUGGUUCCUCAUCUGGGUCUCCAUCUUCCGCGGCGUGGGCUUGACUGGCCGUGUCGUCUACUGGACCAUGGGCCUUCCUAUCGUCACCACCAUCAUCUUCGUCGGACGUUCCUUAUCUCUCCCCAACGCACGGGAGGGUGUCGAACUGCUCUGGGCCACAUGGCGCGGUGGCCAGCUCGCCUCUGGCACAGUCUGGCAAACUGCCGUUGGCCAGGUCUUUUUCUCCACGGGAAUCGGCUUCGGUUACUUCACCUCGUAUGCUUCGUACAACUCGAAGCAUUCCAACGCCGUCAUGGACGCCCUCCUCAUCUGCGGUAGCAACGUCCUCUUCGAGAACUUUGCCGCCUUUGCCGUUUUUGGCGUCGUCGGCUACCUCAGACUCUGGCCGCAGGACGGCGAGCGUCUCGGCGCUUUCGUUGUUGGCUUCCUCACCCUCCCCGAAGCAGUCCUCCACAUGCCGGGCUCAAACUUCUGGGCCAUCCUGCUCUUUUUCACCCUUGUUGUCCUUGGUUUCUCCUCCGCCUUCGUCAUGCUUGACGCGGUCGCAACUCUCAUCGUCGACUCCGGAUCGAAACUCUCCCGUCCCGUCAUCGUUACAGGCCUCACCAUCAUCUCCUUCCUCAUGUGCCUCCCAUAUUGCACCGAGUUCGGCUACUACCUCCUCGACGGCAUCGACCGCUGGGUCAACAACAUCUGCCUCAUCUUCGUCGUCUGGUCCGAGGUCGUCUCCGCGAGCACGGUCUACCGCUGGCACGACGUCGUCGAGCAGACGGGGCUCCCCGCAUUCGUCGUCUACAACUUUGCCUACUUUGGCGGCCAGAUCAUCGGUGUCUCCGUGGCGCAUGGCCGCGAGGACCCAGCUAUCGGCGCGGGAGCCGGUUUCGGCACGUUCGUCGUUUUCUCCAUUAUCGCUGCCUCGAUCGCCGAGAAACCCGUUAUCCCCGCCCCGAGCUUCUGGGGCCGAAACCCCUUCCUUAGCAAGUUCUGGUACCUCGCUGCAUACUCCGGCAACCAAAUUCGCCGCGACCUAAACAACAUUAUCGGCGGUGAAAAGAACUGGAAGAUCCCCUCCUUCUGGCCCGUGCUGCUCCGAUAUGUCUGCGCGCCCGUACUCUGCAUAAUCUUCAGUUUCGCCUACCCGGAAUUCCACACGCUCCGCUACGACCCGCUGAUGAUUACGGGAUUCAUCCUCGCGCAUUUCAUUCUCCUUGCGAUCCUGCUCGGGUUCGUUAUUCCGCGUUACUAUGAUGUGUUCAUUCCCCCGAAUCGCAUUGGUGAGGGCGAGAGAAUCAUCGGGGAACUUGUACAGGAGGAGCAUUUGCCUGUGCGCGAGGGGCCCGGAACGAUCGGGGAGGAGGCGGGGAAUGGGCAUGGAGGGCUUGUGGGAUCAAGUGAGGAGAGGAAGAAGGGGACUGCGAGCCCGCCCGUUGAGUACGUCAAGGCCUAG